AUGAACGACCUUCGCCACACAGCUCGAAUCGAAGACGAUAGCCUGUCCUCUGAUCGCCUCCUGGAACAUUUGUGGGACUGGGUGGUGCACCCCAUUCUGAAGGACCUUGGUCUAGAGCGUAAUGUACAGGGCGAGGCUCAACCUCACAUCACUUGGUGCUCGACCGGGCCACUGACGCGUGUGCCCCUUCACGCUGCAGGCCGCUACAGUGAGCCCAAUGGGCCACGCGCAUACAAUUAUGUCGUAUCGUCGUAUGCGCCCUCCUUGUCGGCGUUCUCACGUGCGACCGAAGGUCUUGCGAAGAAAGCGUCCACUUCGAGCGUACUCAUCGUGACGCAGCCUGAAACGCCGGGACAGCGUCCACUUCGGGGAACUCUGCAGGAAAGUCGGCGGCUCUGCCAACUGCUGGACGAUUCGAGAAUGCAACGCAAUGUGUUGAACCAUGAGCGAGCUACCCGUGAAGCCGUGCGCUCCGCCAUGAACCGACAUUCUUGGGUGCAUUUCGCUUGCCACGGUUCUCAGCGCAGGAAUGACCCUACCAAGAGCGCCUUUCAUCUCUACGACGGACCUCUGUCGCUCUCAGACCUCAUGCAAACCGUGUCAGAUAACGCCGAGCUCGCAUUUCUCUCUGCGUGCCAGACAGCGACCGGAGAUGUGAAUAACCCGGAGGAAGCCGUGCACCUGGCCGCGGGCAUGCUCGCCGUCGGCUUCAAAGGUGUGGUGGCGACGAUGUGGUCGAUUGGAGACGCGGAUGCGCCCGUAGUAGUGGAGGCAUACUACAAGAAGCUAUUGGAGUUGCGCACCACCGGUGCAGUUGGGUCCGGAGAGACCGGGGCCGCGUAUGCGCUGCAUGAGGCGGUGAAGAUUUUGAGGGAGCGCGUCGGGGAGAAGAACUUUUUUAGCUGGGCCCCGUUCGUGCAUUUCGGCGUAUAG